CUGAUAUUCUGUUGCUUCCUCUUUUACCAGCCAUUCUGCUCUGAGACAGACACCAAACCCAUAAGGAGAACAGAAAACAAAACGAACAGCUUAACAAAUGGGGCUUAUAAAUUCUACACAACUGAAAAUCAAAGAAGCCCAGAUUAUAAUGCUUGGACUAGAUUCAUCUGGGAAAUCCACCCUUCUAUACAAGCUAAAAUGUAAUGAAGUCUUCCUAACGGAGCCAACGGUUGGUUUUAAUGUGGAGAUGAUUAAAACAUCAAAAGAUAUGACCUUAACAAUAUGGGAUGUUGGAGGUCAGCAGAAAAUGAGGACUGCUUGGGACAACUAUUUGGAAGACACAGAUUGCUUGGUCUAUGUUGUUGAUAGCUCUGACAAGCGGCACUUGGAAGAAUCAAAGAAAGAGCUGGAGCUUAUUUUAAGACAUGACAGUAUUAAAAAUGUACCUGUGGUUGUACUAGCAAACAAGCAGGAUCUUCCUGGAGCUCUGAGUGCUGAAGAAGUAACUGAGAAACUCAACAUGAAGAAGCAAUGCCAAAACCAAAACUGGAGUGGAAAACAAUGGAUCUCCAAAGGUUGUAGACCUUCAACACCACUGGCAACAUGAGCCCAACUCUUUUCUAGGUGCAUUGUGAUGUCACAUGCAUGGGAAGCUUAUGGCAUGAUGUUAUAACACUACAAAUGCUGUUGCCACCGUAAACAGCCAGUGGCACUGGUCAUUGAAAUAUAACAUUUGGAGGGUCACAGAUCAAAAGAAUCAAAUCAAAGAGACUACUGUUUUCAUCCUAUCUCCUGAGAAAGGCACCUGUAACCUUUUCUAAUAUACUGAGUUGAAAGUCAGUUCCUUCUGCCCCACCGACUAGGUUAAAAGAGGCAUCUUUUCAUCCUUCUCGUAUUCAGAUCCCCAAAGCAUCUUGGAAGAAAGGCAAGCAGAACUAGUUUUGACCCAUUUUCAAGAUUUAAGAAAGGUCAUCUAACAACUUCUAGGGAAUAAAUAUCACUUCUCCUUUCCCAAAAUAUAUUAAAAGGAACUUCACAACAAUCUCUCUGACUCUGUCACCCUUCUCGGCCCCAACUCUGAGUGUGAUAAUAUUAUCAGAGAUCUUGGGCCUUUCACAACUGUCUAUUACAAAGCAACCUCUUUCUGAAUUUAAAAAAAAAACACCAAAACCUUUACAUUAUGUACACAGACCACAGAGUAACACAUGUGAGAUAUGUUGAAUCAAUGAAUAAAAGAAUUAAUGAAUAAAUAAAAUACAGAAAGAGACACAAAUGAAACAACAACAUGGUUUUGCAUUAUUGUUUAAAAGAAAAGAUAGGAAGCAAUUAAAUAUUUUACCCAGGGGCUGUUCCUGAAUCAAAAUUUGACUUUAGUUCUUAGCAACAAAGCAGAAUUUGGCCAGUGCCAUAGAUGUAAGAUUGUACUGACCAGCCAGCAAGAGUUGAAUAUACAUACAUACACAUACACAUACAUAUACAUAUAUACACACACACACACAUACAUACAUACAUAUAUGUAUAUAAA